CUCGAGCUCAAAGGAAGAAGCAAAGCCCGCUGCUCAGUCUCGCGGGGACCGACAGAAGUGCUGGGACACCCGAGACGCAUACUUCGCCUGCUUGGAUAAAGUCAAGGUCGUCAAAGCCGGCGACGAGGGGGAUCAGUGCAAAGCAGAGAACGCCGCAUAUGAGAAGAACUGCGCACGAAGCUGGAUAGACUACUUCAACCAGCGGCGUGUCAUAGCGGAGGCGCAGAAGGAGCGCCUCGCGCAGGCGGCGAACCAAUUUCAGAAAGCCAAGUAGUCCCCGCCACUGCGUGAGAGCGUCGCGCCCGGAGGCACCAGCCCCGGCGUGAUGGCGACUACGGACGCGCAGAACCUCCGGCCAGCUGAAAACAACAUGCGCGAUUCGGGUAUCUCAGCGCGCCAACCCACCCGUCCUGGUCAUCUUACCGGCUAUCCGAUGAUGGGUUCCUGGUGGCAAGAACCGGCAUGGAUAACUCAGUUGCCGACUGAACUUGCAGGCGGCCCUGGAAAAGCACGUUCAUAGCGUCAACUCGGAAGACGGCAGCCAAUGCAAAGCGUACCCCCACUUCACAAUAAAAUACCAAACCCACCUCUGAAGAUUACAAGCGCAUCACAAUCAGGAGUAGGCGGGGGCGCCUGACCCUCCUGCAUAUCACUGAUUGACGCUCCGGGCGGGCAAGAGGCGGGGGAACCCGCAGCGCCCGCCGACUUAGAGAGCUGUUCCGUCACGACAGACACGCCGCGUAAGUGCGGCUCGCGCUGCAGCGCCCCCUUGUGGUUCGCACACGGCAUGGAAACCACCGGAGAUUGUGAUGACAAAUGGGAUCUUCGUCGCAUGCCGCAAUCCAGAACAUAUGCAGCG